UCGAAGAUGCCAUUGAAUGCUUUUCCAUUGAGAGACACCUCAUCCACUCAUCCUGAUAUUGAGUUGUCUCUGUCUGAGCUGGAGAGGAAGCUGUGCAAACACCUCCAGAGGAUAGAAAUAAGGGGAAAACGAGGACGAAAGGUCCCCAUCCUUCUCACGCCUGAUGUGCUUGCUUCUAUGGAGUUACUCGUCAAGACUCGUCGCACCUGUGAAGUCCCUGAUGAAAACCAGUUCAUGUUUGGCAGACCACAAGCACUCUCCUACUUCAGAGGAUCAGAUGUUAUUCGUCAGGUAGCUCGCAGUUGUGGGGCAAACCACCCAGAAGCUUUGUCUUCCACCAAGUUAAGGAAGCACUUGGCAACCAUGUCCAAAAUUCUUAACCUGAAGGACAACGAGAUGGAUGACCUCGCUGAGUUCCUGGGCCAUGACAUAAGGGUGCAUCGCCAGUAUUCUAGACUUCCGGAGGGCACGUUACAGCUCGCAAAAAUCAGUAAGGUCCUCAUGGCACUGGAACAAGGUCAGCUGUGGCAGUUUCAAGGAAAGAAUCUUGAUCAGAUCAACAUGGAUCCACAAGAGAAAAUGCCAGUGUACAGUGACCCUUCUGACAGUGAAGCAGAUGAUGACAUGAGAGAGGAAGAUGCAGCUCCUUUUUAA